UCAUAAAAUAUCCAAAUUCUCCCAAAUUUCAUUCUGGAAUAAUCGCGUAUUCCAAAUACCAAAUUCAAACCGCGCCACAGGCUUCCUCUCUCUAUCUUCACCCUCAGAUUUCAAUCCAUCGAUUAUUUUUCGGAAUUAAAUCCAUUAAUCAGUUAAAAGAUAAUUACUGAUCAGUUCCAUGGCGGAAGAGCAAGCAGAGGUGUCGAAUAAUGUGUCGGCGGCGCUGGGUCACUCAGUAAUACCGAUUGUGAACAAGCUACAGGAUAUCUUCGCUCAGCUUGGAAGCCAGUCCACGAUCGAAUUGCCGCAGGUGGCGGUAGUUGGCAGCCAGAGCAGUGGGAAAUCUAGUGUUCUGGAGGCGCUCGUAGGGCGCGAUUUCUUGCCUCGAGGAAAUGAUAUCUGCACUCGCCGCCCUCUCGUGCUGCAACUCGUGCAGAGGAAAAGGAAGGGGGACGGGAAUGACGAGGAGUGGGGGGAGUUCUUGCAUUUACCGGGGAAGAGGUUCUUUGAUUUCAAUGAAAUCAGGAAAGAGAUUCAGGCUGAAACUGAGAGAGAAGCAGGAGGAAACAAAGGCGUUACAGACAAGCAGAUUCGUCUGAAGAUUUUCUCACCAAAUGUUCUCGAUAUCACUCUCGUGGAUUUGCCGGGUUUAACUAAAGUUCCUGUGGGUGAUCAGCCAUCUGAUAUUGAAGCACGUAUUAGAACAAUGAUAAUGUCAUAUAUUAAACUUCAAAGUUGCUUGAUACUGGCUGUUACACCAGCAAAUUCUGAUUUAGUCAACUCAGAUGCUCUCCAGAUGGCUGGAAUGGCUGACCCGGAUGGUUAUCGAACAAUUGGUGUAAUUACUAAGCUGGAUAUUAUGGACAGAGGAACUGAUGCCCGCAACUUUUUACUUGGAAAAGUGAUCCCUCUUCGACUUGGAUACGUAGGUGUUGUGAAUCGUAGUCAGGAGGAUAUAUUAAUGAAUCGGAGCAUCAAGGAUGCACUUAUAGCUGAGGAGAAGUUCUUUCGUAGUCGUCCGGUAUAUAGUGAUCUUGCUGAUCGUUGUGGGGUCCCUCAGUUGGCAAAAAAAUUAAACCAGAUACUUGUACAACACAUCAAAACGAUUCUUCCAGGGUUGAAGUCACGCAUCAGUGCCGCAUUGGUUUCUGUUGCAAAGGAGCACGCUAGCUAUGGAGAGAUCACUGAGUCAAAGGCCGGUCAAGGAGCGCUCCUACUGAACAUUCUUUCCAAGUAUUCUGAAGCAUUCUCUUCGAUGGUAGAAGGAAAAAAUGAAGAACUGUCAACAUCCGAGCUGUCUGGUGGAGCAAGAAUCCAUUACAUUUUCCAAAAUAUAUUUGUAAAGAGCUUGGAGGAGGUUGAUCCUUGUGAGGACCUAACUGACGAUGAUAUCCGCACUGCUAUUCAAAAUGCAACUGGUACCAAAUCUGCAUUGUUUGUGCCUGAAGUUCCCUUUGAAGUUCUUAUUAGAAGACAAAUAGCUCGCUUGUUGGAUCCAAGUCUUCAGUGUGCUAGGUUCAUUUAUGACGAGCUAAUAAAGAUGAGCCACCGAUGUAUGGUCAAUGAUAUGCAACGGUUUCCAGUCUUAAGAAAGCGCAUGGAUGAGGUUAUAGGUAAUUUUUUGCGAGAAGGGCUUGAGCCUUCAGAGACAAUGAUAGGACACAUUAUUGAGAUGGAGAUGGAUUACAUAAACACUUCUCAUCCCAAUUUUAUUGGUGGGAGUAAAGCUGUAGAAAUGGCAAUACAACAGGUCAAGUCCUCCAGGGUUGCUGCAGUGAUUCCCAGGCAGAAAGAUACAGGAGAUUCAGACAAAGCACCAAAUUCUGAGAGAAGUGUGAAAUCUCGUGCUAUUCUUGCCAGGCCUGUGAAUGGAAUAGUUCCAGAGCAGUCUUUGCAUGACAAGCAGGGUGUUAGACCUGCUGCAGAAGUCGAGAAAACUGCACUGCCUGUAAACAGUUCUAGUUCGACCUGGGGAAUAUCAUCAAUAUUUGGCGGCUAUGACAAUCGCACGUCUGUUAGAGAGAAUUCGACUAGCAAGCCAUUUAGUGAACCUGUUCAGAGUGUGGAGCACAGUAUUUCAGUCAUUCAUCUGAGAGAGCCCCCUGCUGUCUUGAGGCCUUCAGAAACUCAUUCAGAUGAUGCUAUUGAGAUUGCUAUUACCAAGCUUUUAUUGAGGUCAUAUUAUGACAUUGUUCGGAAGAACAUUGAAGAUUCUGUACCUAAAGCAAUUAUGCAUUUUCUGGUAAAUCACACAAAACGUGAGCUCCACAAUGUUUUUAUCAAAAAGCUUUACAGGGACAACUUGUUCGAAGAGAUGUUGCAGGAACCUGAUGAGGUAGCUACGAAAAGAAAGCGUACUCGAGAAACCCUUCGGGUUCUACAGCAAGCUUUCCGGACAUUGGACGAACUACCGCUUGAAGCUGAUACAAUUGAGAGGGGCUACAACUUAAGUACUGAUCCAACAGGCCUGCCAAAAGUCCAUGGGCUUCCAACCUCAUCUAUGUAUUCUACUACCAGUGGUUCAACUGAAUUUUAUAAUUCUCAGUCCAAAAAUCCCAAAUCCCGCAAGUCAUCACAUUCUGGUGAACUACACUCACCAUUUUAUGGAAAUGCAGAUUUUAAUGGUGGGGGACGAAAUUCUAUUCCGGGCUUUUAUCCAACAGUCGACGUGUAAGUUACUUGAAGAAUGCGUCAGACCAAGUUCUUAGAUUCUCACAUUCAUUUGAUGCCAGCAUUCUUGCUAGAUGGAGGACCAUACUUCAUAGAACAAGUGUGGAUGUUUUGGAAAAAUUUUUCUUUCAGAUGAACACACUAAAAUUUACCAUAUUUUUCCCCUCAACACGGUUAAUUAUAUAAGCAUGGCUUAUCAAAUGCUCCAAUAAGAACAGAAGCAAUAUCUUCCCUCCUUUAGAGGUAUGCUGCAAAUUUUUACUGCUUUUUUGGGGUGUAGCAGAUGUAUCUAGUUCUUUCACUCCUAUAAGUCGGCUCACUUUGCUUAUUUUACAUUUUAUCAAUGACAUUUAGCGUCGCCGGUAUUGCAUAGUGCAAGGCUUCUUACGAGGCUUGCUUAUAAUACAUGUUUUAUCAACUAACAGUGGUACGCUUUUUUAACGAUGUUUUGGGAGUGCAAUUAGUCCCAUAUUCUGAUUGAUGUAUAAUUGUCAUCUUGUUUACAUGCGAAAAUUUUGUUGGAACCUCUGUACUGAUGUUCUGUGGUUCAAAUUGACAUGUCCCAUUCAGAA